CUAGUGCCCGCUGGUUGCUGGUGUGAGGCUCGCGGCGGGGCUCCCGGCGAGGUCGGACACCUCAGACCCCUCGCCGGCCGCUCGCCUGGCGCCGAUGGCUGGCCGCUCCCUGGGGAAGGCGGUAGCCACCGUGUCGCUCUCGGUGGCCCUCGCGUCCGUAACUGUCCGGUCCUCAGGCUGCCGCGCCAUCCCCGCACCCAGAAACCCAUUUCCAUCCUGUGGGUUUCACCUUAAAGCCAACAUCAUGUCUGGUUCUAAUGGUGUCAAAGACAAUUCCCACAACAAGGCCCGGACAUCUCCUUACCCAGGUUCAAAAGUCGAGCGAAGCAAGGUUCCCAAUGAGAAGGUGGGCUGGCUUGUUGAGUGGCAGGACUACAACCCAGUGGAGUACACCGCGGUCUCUGUGUUGGCUGGACCCCAGUGGGCAGACCCUCAGAUCAGCGAGAGUAGCUUCUCUCCCAGAUUUAAUGAGAAGGACGGGCAUGUGGAGAGGAAGAGCCAGAACGGCCUGUACGAGAUUGAGAACGGGAGGCCCAGAAAUCCUGCAGGGAGGACAGGACUAGUUGGCCGGGGUCUUCUGGGGAGAUGGGGCCCAAAUCAUGCAGCAGAUCCUAUUAUAACCAGGUGGAAGAGGGACGAGAGCGGGAACAAGAUCACACACCCUGUCUCUGGGAAAUGCAUCUUGCAGUUCGUCGCCAUCAAAAGGAAAGACUGCGGAGAGUGGGCGAUCCCAGGGGGGAUGGUGGACCCCGGAGAGAAGAUCAGUGCCACACUGAAAAGGGAGUUUGGUGAGGAAGCCCUGAACUCGUUACAGAAGUCCAGUGCGGAGAAGAGGGAGAUCGAGGAGAAGCUGCACGCACUCUUCAGCCAGGAGCAUCUUGUGAUAUAUAAGGGCUAUGUCGACGACCCUCGGAACACUGACAACGCAUGGAUGGAGACUGAGGCAGUGAACUACCAUGAUGAGACAGGGGAGACGAUGGACAACCUCACGCUGGAGGCUGGAGAUGAUGCGGGGAAGGUGAAGUGGGUGGACAUCAGCGACCAGCUCAAGCUGUAUGCCAGUCACUCACAGUUCAUCAAACUCGUGGCAGAGAAGCGAGAUGCCCACUGGAGCGAGGACUGUGCUGCUGACAGCCACGGGCUAUAGCCUGUCCCCGCGAGCCAGCCGGCAGGGGCUGCGCUGCAGAAGCAGUGCUGCAGAACUGACACUCAAAGGCCGCCUGGAAAUGCUUGCAACAAGGCGAGGUGCCUGAACCGAUGAGGAACACUGAAGUUCCGCCUUCUCCUCAAGAGAUUAGAGACUGUCGUUUUGUAUAUAUUUAAGCAUGUCUGAACAAAAUUUAAAUAACUAACGUUCUUUGAAAAGUUGUAGUUGCAAUAAAUAUAAAACCCCA